AUGGCGGAGGCCCCGGGCGGCGGGCGGCCGGAGCCGGAGGACGACGAGGAGGAGCCGGAGGAGCGCGAGGAGCGGGCGCCGCUGCUGCCGCGGCCCGCCCGGGCCCCGGCGCGGAAGGGCGCCCCGGGCAGCGCCGUGAGGCUGGCGGGGGCGGCCGGGGAGCAGGGCGCGGCCGCCCCGCCCGAGGCCGGCGACCAGGAACUGCCGCCCCGCGGCGCGCGCGCCCUCCGCGCCCCCCUCGCGGGCGUCGGGUUCCAGCGCGGCGCGCCCGGGCGGGGCCGCCCCGCGGGCGCAGGUGCAGUUACUGGUUCUGCAGAGUUGAAUACAUUCCCGGAUGAUCCAGAAUUUGCUGAUCUUAUAUUGAAAGCAGAGCAAGCUAUAGAAUUUGGAGUUUUGCCAGAAAGAAUAUCUCAAGGUUCAAGUGGAAGUUACUUUGUGAAGGAUCCCAAGAGGACUAGUAUUGGUGUGUUUAAACCCAAAUCAGAAGAGCCUUAUGGUCAACUGAAUCCUAAAUGGACUAAAUAUGUCCAUAAGGUCUGCUGCCCUUGCUGCUUCGGCAGAGGCUGCCUGCUUCCCAACCAGGGGUACCUCUCUGAAGCCGGUGCCUUCCUCGUGGAUGAAAAGCUUCAGCUGGGCGUUGUACCAAAAACAAGGGUGGUUUGGCUGGUCAGUGAGACAUUUAACUACAGUGCAAUUGACCGUGCAAAAUCAAGAGGCAAAAAAUAUGCUUUACAGAAAGUGCCAAAAGUAGGUAGAAAAUUUCACCGGAUAGGACUCCCUCCUAAGAUUGGUUCCUUUCAGUUAUUCGUUGAAGGUUACAAGGAGGCUGAAUACUGGCUUAGGAAAUUUGAAGCUGACCCUUUGCCUGAGAAUAUUAGAAAACAAUUUCAGUCACAGUUUGAAAGAUUGGUUGUUUUGGAUUACAUCAUCAGAAAUACAGACAGGGGAAAUGAUAAUUGGUUAAUCAAAUAUGAAAAGCAGAAACAUGAAAAGAACCAUAAGGAAAAAUCAACUGAUAAAGACCCACUUAUUGAAAUAGCUGCAAUUGAUAAUGGUCUGGCAUUUCCUUUUAAACAUCCUGAUGAGUGGAGAGCAUAUCCAUUUCACUGGGCUUGGCUUCCUCAAGCAAAAGUUCCUUUUUCUGAAGAAACAAGAAACUUGAUUCUACCACUUAUUUCUGACAUGAACUUUGUGCAAGAUUUAUGUGAAGAUCUUUAUGAACUUUUUAAGACUGACAAAGGAUUUGACAAAGCCACUUUUGAAAGUCAGAUGUCUGUGAUGAGAGGUCAGAUCUUAAAUCUUACUCAGGCAUUAAGGGAUGGGAAGAGUCCUCUCCAGCUAGUUCAGAUGCCUUGCGUGAUCGUGGAGCGCAGUCAAAGCGGAAGCCAGGGUCGGAUUGUCCACCUCAGCAAUUCAUUCACCCAGACUUUCCAUUGCAGGAAGCCAUUUUUUUCCUUCUGGUAGUAAUUGUGACUUUAAGAGAAACAAACAAACUGUUUGGCAUUUUUAUGUUGUUCAGACAUUACAGGGAUGUUACUUUGUUGUUAAGAGCGCCAAUUGUGAAACCCUCAAAUAAUUUAAGUCUUUAAAAGGUUCUAUUUUAAAUGUGAACAAAAGUUUACAGGUUUUUUUUUUGGUCCAAAUAUUAAUUAUCUCUUUCAGGGAAGAAGUACUAUAUCUUCUAUAUUGUAUUUUUGUAGAAAAAAAAAUUGUAUUUUAUGUUGUUGAUGUUUGCUUAAAAGUUGAUUUCAUGGUUUACACAUUUUGAAAUGACUGUAAUUACUUUAGAAUUCCAAGCAGAAAAAUAAGGUAUCUGUUGACUCUCAAUAAUUUUAAUGUAUUUUUUAAGUAUUGAAAGAAUGUUCAUGUUAUCUCUUCUUACAUCAUAAAAGGUCUUUAAGGGUAAAAUUGCCCUUAUGAACUUUUAAAAGAGUAAUUAAUAGAAAAACAGGUAAUGUAAAUCGUUGUUGCCUUAAUUAAAAAAGCUGCUAUUUUAGAACUUGAAUAAGUGCACCUAGAGUGACUAUCUUCAGGGACCAAAAAAUUCUAUCUUUGCUAAGUAACAAAGACCAUUUACUUUUUUGUACUUCAGAAUAUUUGGUCAAUUAUUUUUCUUAUAGUAAGGGGGAAAAUAUCUAAAGACAUCCCCUUUUUAAAAAAUGGAGAAACUCAGUGGAGACUUGAGGGGACUACUGUGAAAUUAAGGUUGAGCCCCAAUCUCUUGAAGUUCCAAAAUAGCAUUUAAAAUUCCUUUUUGUUUCUUUCAUGGGCUCAAUUAUUUAAUCUAUUAGGACUUUAGAAUAUUAAUCUUGUUCAAUUGAGUACUACAGUUCAUACUAAAUUUCAGUGAAAAGUGUAAACCAUACCUCCAAGUGUAAACUGGAUUGUGUGUCCUAGGUCCUGGGACAUAAGCUCUUAAAAAUAAUAGUAGUACUGUAGGCUACUUGAAAUUACUGAUAUUAUUUCAUUAAGGUUGAUUUCAGGAUAUCGCUCUCAUUAAAGGGGAGCUUGACAAUAAUAAUCAUAAAAUCACUUAUAAUUUAUUUUGAAUAUCAGUACGUCUAACUUCCAGGGAAUUUGUAGCACUUUUAACUCACCAAGUGAUUUAAAUUGAAAUGAGCCCAGGGCCUUCCUGGUGGCGCAAGGGGUUAAAAUACAACCUAUGAAACUAUCUGCAGCCACUGUAGCACGCGUUCGAUCCCUGGCUGGCCAGGGAGCUACCCACAUGGCACAGCAGACCUCUCCUGACUCACCCGCUACUCCCCUCAGCAGUGUGUUUCAGUCAAUUCACCUGUUCUGUUCCCCACUCUAUCUCUAGUGAAUCCUCUCACCCCCCACACCUCUGGCCUGUAUCCCAGUACUUGUAUACAUACAUAAAUCUUUAAAAAAAAAUUGAGAUGAGCCCAAUAUGAAGACAUGAUUCCAAAGAAGCAGCUACUUCAUUGUCUUCUCCAGGUUCUAAACAAAAAACAUCACCACUCAGACUCAGCAGUAUGUGGUCGCGGCCUCUUUUUAUUAAGAUUUCUGCCUCGCGGUUUUUUAGAAUGAAGUAUUUUUCUGUAAAAAGUAUUUUCUGAAGGUUAAAUUAGGUUGGACGCCAGAAUUGUAGUCUCCCUUCUUUGUGUCCUUCUCUUGGUCUCAUGGAUGUGACAAGGGGCCAUGGAUGCCCUUCAAGCCCCUGGGAACCUGUGUUUUCGUCCUCCGCCACCCCAUAUGAUCUUCAUGUCGAGAUCAUGGAAAAUUGACUGGAAAUUCAAGACUCAAGCUACUGUCGUCAGCCAUACACUAGUAAUACAAAUGUGCCUUGUGACGAUGGGCUUGUUCUAAAAAAAAUAAGUUGCUAUAAUGUUGGUACUGCUUUAAUAAAACAGUUUUCUCAGUAUUUUGAGAAUUGUUAUAUUAAUUUUUAUAAUGGAAGCCUUAGUAAUUUGUUACUCUUUUAUAUCCUAAAAUGAAAAUAGUGUGGAAAUAUUUUUAAAUGGUCUGACCAGGCCAGAAAAGUAAAGUUGAAAUAUUUAAGAUAUGAUUAAAAGAGUAUGUUAUAUUUUGUAAAUUUUCAUGAACGUAAUUCUUAUUUAAAUAUUGUGGUUUUUCAGUUGGUGUAUUUAUAAUAUCAAACAUGGUAGAAUAAAGAUAAUAAAAAUCAUUGUCUUAAGACUAGCUUUCUCCUGAAGUAUUAAAUGUUCAGUGUUUGCGGGCAUACCGAUGUUUAUAAAAUGAUGCCAGACCACCAUUUUCUUACUUCAUAUGUUAAUUAAUGGAAAAGUGUAAUUCUUUAGAACUCCAAAAGAUAUUUAACUAGAACCUUGAUCAUUAGAAACAUUUUUAUUUAUAUGCUGCCUUAUAUCCUUAUAUGCCUUAUGUCCCCCAAAUUUGUUAGCAGUGGAAGACCACGGACACAUGGUUUUUUGCAGACUUGAAAACAAUUUGAAUUACAUUUUUUUUUCU